CUGCUGUGUCCUGAGUACUAGUGGUGAGUGGUACGUGUCGAGGCAGCGCAAGCGAGCACAGGCGAGGGGAGCGCGAGAGGCAGUGGAGAGAUGGGCAGCAGGCUGGACACGCGGACGCUGAAGGACGAGGUGGCGAGCAUGGACAGGCCGUGGCUGCUGGACCUCGGCCACCCGCUCCUCAGCCGCGUCGCCGACAGCUUCAUCCGCGCCGCCGGUGUCGGGGCCGCCCGGGCCGUCUCGCGCGAGGCAUACUUCGUCACCGUCGAAGGGCUUUCAGGAGGUGACACGGCUGGGCUGGAUGCCAGCGGCCCGAAGAGGAGCCAUUUCUCCAGCAUCAGAGGGGAUGAUGGCCAGAAGUCGCUUGACGCAGUGGUCAAAUCGGCUGGCAAGGAGGCUUUCCAGUGGGGAUUGGCAGCCGGGGUUCACUCUGGGAUAACGUACGGCCUACGGGAGGCUAGAGGAUGCCAUGACUGGAAGAACAGCGCGGUCGCAGGUGCGAUUGCCGGCGUGGCGGUGGCGCUGACGGGGGACGCCGGCGGGCACUCCGAUAAGAUCGUCCAUUUCGCCAUCACCGGCGCCGCGCUCUCCAGUGCCGCGAGCCUGCUCUCCGGCAUAUUCUGAGCGCCGGACACGGGGUGCAUGUUGUCCGGUUAGGCUCGAGGGUUUAGCAUAAAAAGUUGAAUUUCAGCUCAUCAACCAUGAAAUGUAUCCCAAUGUCCAUGUUUCUCUUCACCUGCUAGCUAGGCUGGCAGGAUGCUUUUCCAGUGUAAUUGUUGCUUCGUUUAUGUGUUUCCAAGACAAACUAAAUUGUCUUUUCGAGUUGGAA